AUGAAAAACCUAUCCCGCCUCCAGCACUUUGUGAGUUUGAUGAACUGCUUCGCCGGAGGUGUCUUCCUUGGUACAUCCAUCCUCCAUCUUAUACAGGAGUCCAUGGAGACGGUUGCUGAGGCAAUACCGGAAGUGGACUUUCCAUUGUCAGGGGUGCUCAUCGAAGGGGAUAUCCUAGCCCGUACAGAUCCCGAGUCCAUCGGGGAAAUAAAUUCAACCUUUCAAUCGGAUGAAAAGAAAAAUGGAGAGUUACGUACUGAAGCUUUCUGUACACAUGGAGAGACCUCUUUCAGUAAGGAUGAAACAAACGCAGCAACAACACAAACAGUGACACACGCCAUUGACGACACAAAACAGAAAUCAGCCGUUAUGGACAUAUCCGGUGAUGGUCGUUCUAAAACUACCAAACGAAUCCGGACCAUUAUUCUUGUAAUCGCGCUUUCUAUUCAUAUGAUAUUCGAGGGGAUGGCGAUAGGUCUGCAGGACAGCGAAGUCAGUACGUGGACACUCAUGGUGGCAAUUUCCAUCCAUAAGAUAAUUGUUGUUUUUAGCGUCUGCCUGAAGAUGAGAGAAAUUAUCGAAAGUAAUAUUCAAAUCAUAAUAUACAUCCUUUACCUGGCGUCAGUUUCUCCGGUUGGAAUUGCCGUUGGUCUGGCUAUUUCUAGUUCCGGUUCCGCAGGGUCUGCCCAGGAGAUCAGUUCCGGUGUUCUACAGAGUCUUGCGGCUGGAACAUUUCUUUAUGUUACCUUCUUUGAGAUUCUCCAGAAGGAACUGUCCAACGGUUACAGUUUGUUUAAAGUGUUUCUGACGCUGCUUGGAUUCGCAGUAAUGGCUGGCCUCAAAGUUUUAGACAAAGACUGAACUGUGUAGUUUAGUCUCCAUUGAAACCCUGAAUUAAUUGUUACAUUUUUCACAAAGUGAAACGAUAAUCUUAC